UGAUUUUACUUGUUGCCAUAACAACUUCCAAUGUACUGCAUACAAACAGUGCUUGUUGGAGGAAAGUAGAAAAGAUCAUUGUCACCUUUGAUACACUACAACGCCACCGCCCUAUCUAUUGCCAAUAGACUAUCCCAAAAUGUCCGAAGAAGAUAGCUGGGUAUUCGAUUCACUCGUCUGUUUCCUCAACGGGCCGAUUUGGAACGCGCCACUGCAAAGUUUUAUCGAAGAGCGGUCUCUUAUUUUUGAUCCCCAUGAACCGGCUGACGAUGAAGAACACCGAAAAACUUUCGACGAUUUUAAAAAUCUCGUUGAUUUCAUGUUGGGCAACUUCAUGGAGGAUAUUGGUAUUACGUCGGCACAGUUUGAACAUGCUUGCUUUAGGGGUGCAAAGGAAAGAGUUCCUUUGCAAUUUGACCAGAACACAUUCGAGCAGAUUUGGGCUGCUAAUGAUUACGAAAUGUUUAAACGUAUGAUGACUCAACGCAACGUUGAACUUCAACUACAAGCGUUGGAAUUAAUCGAGCGGAAGUUCGGCAGGACUCCGGAGUCAUUCAUUCCUCAGAAGCGUGAAGAGGUUGCAAGAAACACCGCGCAAGUGUCGCCAAUGCUUAAGUCAUCAGAGCUAGAGCGCGAAGUUUUGGUUGAAGUCAGCAAACAGUUUCCAAUUGCAAUCGAAGGUGAGGAGGAGCAGCAACAAGAGGACGAAAUCAAAUAUCUCAUUGAAGAGAAGCAUAACUUGGAGGAAACUCUGAAAGUUGCUAUCGAGGAAAAAUUGAGUUCACAGAAACAAUUUCUAGAACAUAAAUCAGAAGAUGACGAGGUGGAGGAUGCAAAGGAGUCUAUCGAGGAAGAUCAACCCAAACCACCUGCGAAGUUAACAUCAAUUGCAACAAGGAUUCCUAUUGAUCGUCCACAAAAUUCAAACGUCGACAGCAUUGAAGUAAAAAAGCGUCAGGAAUAUCUGCGUGCCCAGCGCGAUAAGUUAAUCGCAUUGAAAAAAGAAGUUCGCAAGAAACACUUGGACGAAGAUCAAGCGUCCAGUGUCGAAAAAGCACGCGUCAGACCAAAAUCGGCAAAAGCAGCCGAGUCUGUGCUCAAAUUUGGAGCAGCUCCUUCAAUGGCGGAAUCGGAGAGGUUGAAACUACGCAAAGCGUUGGUUCAACGAUUGAAAUCAGAGGUGGUCAAUCAACCAGAGUAAACAGCUUGAAAUUUGUAUACAUUUCAAGGGGUAAUAGUUUAAAAUUAUUGUUCAAUUAUUGUGAACUGUGUUAAACAUAAGGAGUUAGCAUGAAUCAAGGAGAUCGAAUGAUACGCAUUGAAAAUUUCAUGGUGUGCGAAAAGAAAUUCGUGAUUUUGCAGAUUUUGUACGAGUUUGGUAUUUCAGAAAAAGUUGGUAACUCACGGUAUCGAUUAUAGUGUUAUUUGGCACCAAGUUUAGUGUAGCACCACAAACAUAUUUUUAUUUGGAAUUAUUUAAAAUAAAUUGUGCUAAUAACGCGUUUCAAAGUC